AUGGCGGUAGAACAACAAUAUGAUGCAUUGGUCGUGGGGACUGGCUUCGCUGGGCUCUAUGAACUGUACCUGCUCAAACAGCUUGGCCUCAAUGUGAAGGCCAUUGAUUCAGCAGCAGAUGUUGGUGGGACAUGGUACUGGAAUCGCUAUCCUGGAGCUAGAAGCGAUGUCGAGAGCCAUGUUUAUCGCUAUUCGUGGGACAAAGAUCUCUUGAAGGAUUCGCCAUGGCCGAAUAACUAUCUCACUCAACCGGAACUCCAGGCAUAUUUUCAGGAGGUGGCUCGCAAGCAUGAUCUGUAUCAACAUAUUCAGUUCAACACAGAAUUGAAAGAAGCCAGGUGGGACGAAUCCUCGAACACGUGGAAGGCGAAAGUCAGUACUGGUGAGCUAAUUGUGGUUCGCUACUUAGUGACAGGUAUUGGCCUGGUGCACAAAAAAUAUUUACCAGAUAUUCCUGGGCUAAAUACUUUCAAGGGAGUAAUCAGUCAUAGUGCGUCGUGGACCCCAGAAAUCCAAUGGAAAAACAAGAGAAUUGCAGUUGUGGGAAGCGGGGCCUCCGGCGUACAACUUUCGAGCGCCCUAGCAGAAUCAGCAAAAGCUCUUACGCAUUUCAUUCGACACGCACAGUACGUGCUCCCUGCAUCCCUUCGGCCUGUACUCCCGGAGGAGCGAAAAGAGAUCAAUGACCGGUAUGAGGAGAUCUGGAACCAGGUUUUUGCAUCAGCAACAGCCUUUGGAUUCGUGGAACCUGCAAGACCAACCUUUUCCGUAUCCGAUGAGGAGCGGGAAGCAAUUUUUCAGGAUCUUUGGGAUCAAGGCAAUGGAUUCCGAUUCCUCUUUGGAGGAUUUUCAGACCUUGCCACCGAUGAAGCGGCAAAUAAGGAAGCGAUCAGCUUCAUCCAUAGGAAGAUCAAGGAGAUCGUGAAGGAUCCAAAAAAAGCAAAAGUGCUUACCUCGUCUGACUGGUUCGCUCGACGACCACUGACGGAUGACAAAUACUAUGAACGAUUUAACCAGGAUAAUGUCUUUGCUGUUGACUUGAAGGACACACCCAUCGUCGAGAUCACCCCUGAAGGCAUCAUAACAAGCGAUGAGCAGGUACAUGAGGUUGAUCUAAUAGUCUUUGCAACAGGGUUCGACGCGCUGGAUGGCAGCUUUUACAACAUUAAUUUCAAGGGCCGUGGAGGGAAGAGCUUGGAAGAGCAUUGGGCUGAUGGUCCCAGGACGCAUCAUGGUGCCACGACUUCAGACUUUCCCAAUCUGCUUAUCGCCAAUGGGCCAGGGGCGCCUUUCUCCAACAACCCACCAGCGGCAGAAGAAGGCGCACGGUUUUUGGCCGAUUUGAUAGCGCACGCAGAGGAGAUUCGGAAGACCGGGCAGGGCACUGGGGUGAUAGAGAGCACUAAGGAGGCUGAUGAAGAAUGGCUAAAGGCAUCUACGCAAGUUGCAAAUGCGACACUAUUCUCCAAGACUCCUUCAUGGUUCUUUGGUGAGAAUAUUCCUGGCAAAAAAGUGUCUCCACGAGUGUUUUUUGGAGGGUUAGGCACAUUCAGGACAGCUCUUGCUGAGAUAAGAGCGAAUGGAUUUCCAGGGUUUACUUUUGGCGAGGAUAGUGCCACUUCAUAG